UCUGUCAAUUAGUUCGUGUUAAACCCUCACUUUUUUUUCCCCUCCUUCAGCUGCUUUCUGCAUUUGUUCUCCUUGGUUGUGAACAAUUUCCUCUAAAAGAUUAUUAGUUGCUGUGAACAUUUUUUCAUCAUGGAAGUGGCAUUGCCAGUUUCUGCCAUUGGUUUUGAAGGUUAUGAGAAGAGGCUUGAAAUUUCAUUUUUUGAGCCUGGCCUUUUUGCUGAUCCUGAAGGAAAAGGACUUCGAUCACUGUCAAAAGCACAAUUGGAUGAGUUCCUAGGACCUGCUGAGUGCACCAUAGUUGAUUCUCUUUCUAAUGAGUGUGUUGACUCCUAUGUCCUUUCCGAGUCGAGCCUUUUCAUUUUUCCUUACAAGAUAAUCAUCAAGACCUGUGGUACCACAAAGUUGCUUCUCUCAAUUCCGGUCAUCCUGAAAUUGGCUGAUACCCUUUUGCUCAAAGUACAAGCUGUGAAGUAUACCCGUGGGAGCUUCAUCUUCCCUGGUGCACAGUCAUUUCCUCAUCGUCACUUCUCCGAAGAAGUUGCGGUCCUUGAUAGCUACUUUGGAAAUCUUAGUUCAGGCAGCAAAGCUGUAAUUUUGGGCAGUCCUGACAAACUUCAAAAAUGGCAUGUUUACUCUGCCUCUGCUGGACCUAUUCAGACUAAGAACCCUGUCUACACUCUUGAGAUGUGCAUGACUAAUUUGGAUAGGAAGAAGGCUUCUGUCUUUUACAAGACUGAAUCAAGCUCGGCAGCUCAAAUGACUAUUAGAUCCGGCAUAAGGAAGAUCCUCCCUGACUCUGCUAUAUGUGAUUUCGAGUUUGAUCCUUGUGGUUAUUCCAUGAAUUCUAUUGAAGGAGCUGCGCUUUCUACUAUUCAUGUUACACCAGAAGAUGGUUUUAGUUAUGCUAGCUUUGAAGCAGUUGGGUAUGAUUUGAACUGCUCGAGUCUCGGGUCGCUGGUUAGGAGGGUGCUGACAUGUUUCCAGCCUGAUGAGUUUUCUGUAGCUUUACAUGCUGAUGAUGUUGCUUGUGAGCUACUGGAGCGUAUUUGCUCUUUUGAUGUUAAGGGCUACUCUCACGCUGAGUGGAGCCCAGAAGAACUUGGCAAGGGUGGUUCUAUUGUCUACCAGAAGUUCACUAGGAGUUCCGUCUGUGGAUCUCCUAAAUCCGUUCUGCAGGACUGCUGGAAAGAAGAAGAGAACGAAGAAAAGGAGGUGUGUUGAGGGCCGUUUAGUUCAAUUACCAGUGUUAUUCGCAGAUGUUUUAUUAUGUUCAGUUGCGUUGCUCCUUGGUUUUCCAAAUAAUGGGUUUUAUGUCCUUAGAAUUAGUAAUGAAAACUUUGAACUUAGUUUGCCAUUUUGGUGUUCUACCUGAAGAAGCCCUUUUGCUUGUAUAUUGGAUUAUUACCGCAUUUUGUUGUUCUCAA